ACGGCUGACGUGGAGGGUCCGGGUUAGCGGGCGCUGCCAGCUGAGGGACUGGGGAGCGGCGGGCCGGGCCGGGCCCUUGGGCCCUCGGCGGCGGCGGCGGCGGUAUAAAGCCGGCGACGGGGAGCAUGUAAUGUCGGAAUGCGGAGGCCGCGGCGGCGGCAGCAGCGACGACGCCGCGGACGAGGGCAGUGCUGGCGGCGGCGGCGGCGCUGGCCCCGCGGGCUCCGGCUCCCUCAGCCCGGCCCCGGCCGGGGCGUCCUCGGAGAGCCGGCUCCGCCGCGGGUUGCGCGGUGCCUCCCUCAUGGCGCGCCGGCGGCCCGAGUUGCUCUGCGGGGCCGUGGCCCUGGGCUGCGCGGUGCUCCUUGCCCUCAAGUUCACCUGCAGUCGAGCAAAAGAUGUGAUAAUACCGGCCAAGCCCCCUGUCAGCUUUUUCUCCUCGAGCUCUCCGGUCCUUGACCUCUUCCAGGGGCAGCUGGACUACGCCGAGCACAUUCGCCGGGACUCGGAGGUGGUGCUGCUGUUCUUCUAUGCCCCGUGGUGUGGCCAGUCCAUCUCCGCCAGGGCGGAAAUCGAGCAGGCAGCCAUCCAGCUUUCAGACCAGGUGUUGUUUGUGGCAAUUAACUGCUGGUGGAGCCAGGGCAAAUGCAGAAAACAGAAACACUUCUUUUAUUUUCCUGUGAUCUAUCUGUAUCAUCGGAGUUUUGGACCAAUCGAAUACAAAGGCCCCAUGAGUGCUGUUUACAUUGAGAAGUUUGUCCGCCGGGUGAUGAAACCUCUCCUCUACAUCCCAUCUCAAUCAGAGUUACUAGAGUUUCUCUCAAACUUCGAGCCUGGGGUACUCGGGUACUUUGACUUCAGCGGCUCACCGCAGCCUCCUGGUUAUCUGACCUUCUUCACCUCAGCAUUGCACUCACUGAAGAAAGAUUACCUAGGAACAGUACGAUUUGGGGUUAUCACAAAUAAGCAUCUUGCGAAACUGGUAUCCUUAGUACACUCUGGAAGUGUGUAUUUACAUAGACAUUUCAACACAUCGCUUGUCUUUCCUCGGGAGGUUGUGAACUACACAGCUGAGAACAUCUACAAAUGGGCCUCAGAAAACCAGGAGACACUCUUCCGAUGGCUGCGGCCGCAUGGAGGCAAGAGCCUCCUGCUGAAUAACGAGCUGAAGAAAGGACCAGCACUUUUUCUCUUCAUACCUUUUAACCCUUUAGCCGAGAGUCAUCCUUUAAUCAAUGAGAUCACCGAAGUAGCCUUGGAGUACCACAACUGUCACGGGGACCACGUGGUGGAACGCCUCCUGCAGCACCUGCGGCGGGUCGACACUCCCGUGUUGGAGUCCCUAGCUCCCGCCCCACAGGCCCCGCUCGCGGACCCCCCGCUGAUUGUGGCCUCCCCCUGCUGCAACACUGUGGUGCUGCCCCCAGGACACGCCUUGUCCAGGACCCACAACAUCUGCGAGCUGUGUGUCAAUCAGAGUGCCGGGGGUGUGCGGCCCAGCUCGGUGAGCAUGCCGCAGUGCAGUUUCUUCGAGAUAGCUGCCGCUCUGGAUUCGUUCUACCUCAAGGAACAGGCCUUUUAUCAUGUGGCGUCGGAGAGCAUCGAGUGCAGCAAUUUUUUAACUUCCUACAGCCCUUUCAGCUACUACACUGCAUGUUGCAGGACGAUCCCCAGGGGCCUGGCGAGCUUCAUGGAGUCUGAACAAGGGGGUGUCUUUGAAACCCCGGCCCUUCCAUAUUCUUCCCUGGAGAAGAAAUGUGAGGUUACUGUCUCGAGCUCCGUUCCUCACAUUGAGGAGAAAAGCUUUCCCUUCCCUGACGUGGCCUCGCCCGGCUCGGACUUCACAGGCCUGAGCUGCAGAACCAACAAGACCCUCAACAUGUACCUUUUGGAUUCCAACCUUUUCUGGUUGUAUGCAGAGAGGCUGGGCGCUCCGAGCUCCACACGGGUGAAGGAGUUUGCCACAAUUGUUGAUGUGAAAGAAGAGUCUCAUUAUAUCUUGGAUCCAGAACAAGCUGUCCUGAAGCUCACCCUAGAGUCUUUUAUUCACAACUUCAGCGUCCUCUACAGUCCUUUGAAAAGGCAUCUCAUUGGAAGUGACUCUGCCCAGUUCCCUUCUCAGCAUCUAAUCACUGAAGUGACAACUGAUACCUUUUGGGAAGUAGUCCUCCAAAAACAGGACGUCUUGCUGCUGUAUUACGCACAGUGGUGCGGCUUCUGUCCAUCCCUCAAUCACGUCUUCAUCCGGCUUGCUCGUCUCCUGCCGGCGGACUCGUUCACUGUGGCCAGGAUUGACGUGUCUCAGAACGACCUUCCUUGGGAAUUCAUGGUGGAUCGCCUUCCUACUGUCUUGUUUUUCCCCUGCAACAGAAAGGACCUAAGUGUGAAGUACCCCGAAGACCUCCCCAUCACACUCCCAAACCUGCUGCGGUUCAUUCUGCAUCACUCAGUUCCUGCCUACCCUGGCCAGGAUGUGGCCAACCCUCCUACCAAAGAAUGUCUCCAGAGCGAGGCAGUCUUACAGCAGAGGCACAUCUCCCACCUGGAGAAGGAGAUCCAGAAACUGAGGGCGGAGAUCGGCAGCCUGCAGCGGGCACAAGUGCAGGUGGAGGUGCAGCUGUCACGCGCCCGCCGGGACGAGCACAGGCUGCAGCGGGAGCAGCAGGCACUGGAGCAGCAACACAGCCUGCUCCAGCAGCACAGCCAGCAGCUGCAGGCCCUGCACGAGCAGAAGAGCCACGAGCUUGGGGAGCUGGCCCGGCAGCUGCAGGAGCUGGCCGACGCCUCGGAGACACUGCUGGCUGAGAACGCAUGGCUCAAGAUCCUGGUGGCCACCAUGGAGCGGAAGCUGGAGGGCAAGGAUGCAGUGGGAGACCCAGCUUCCCUGGCAGAGGAAGGCCCUGAGCACCCCCAGCCCACAGGCGACCCCCACUUACCAGGUGACAGCCCUCCACCUUCCAACGUCAGCCCCAUGCUGACAUCUGAGAGGAGCAACGAGAACAGGACAGAGUAGUUUUUUAAAUGACAUGAAGAAAUCAGAGGUGAAAAUGGAACAUUGGGAACAUAUUUAUGCAAAUUUCACUGAAAUUUAUUGUAAAUAAAGAUUUUCUCAGUGGUCUGGAAAAUCAGACUGAAUGUCAUUCA